AGCAGCCUCCCCAGUCCGUGUGUAGUAAGGUGCGCAGCCUCGGCUGCUUCUGGGCAGAAAGCUCCGCGGACUUGUUACAGUUGCCCCGGCGCCCAUCACCGCGCAAACCGGAAGGAGGGUUCGGGAGGGACCAGAGCAGGGCCAAGUGUGCGCGCUGCGCGUCUGAGUCCCAGCGGCGGGUCCUGUUGCUCCCCGUCCUGGAAGUUAAGAGCCGAUGGAGUGGAGAAACUGAGAGAGCAGGGGAAGGUAACCAAAGUCAGAGCUGCCACCCAGGGCACUGCUGGGACAUGGAGGACGUUGGUAACACUCUGAAUGGCAGUGAUGGCUCGGAACCAGAGCAACCCGGAGCCGGACUUGACCUGGCCCAGUCGAUCCUGACCAAAUUCUCUAUGAAAUCCCUGUUUGGGUUUACGAGUAAAUUGGAAUCUGUGAAGCCUGAAGACGAAGAUGCGGUGCUGAAAGGCUUCCGCAGUUUAGUGGUGGAGCCCAGCAGCGGCUCGGAUCCGCGGGAGGCAGAGGCUCAGGUUCCACCUGACCUCGGAAAUGAUGGGAAGACUACCAGGGUGGAGACAGAGACAGAGUUGGAGGGAAGCCGGGGAGAAGCAGAGGCAGGGAUUUCUCUGCCUGGUCAGGAGCUUCUUCCACUGGCUGCUUUGAGUGUGAGCAAAGACAAUGUUAUUGUGGUUCGUGGGACCCUGGUGAAUACCACCAGUGAUUCUGACUCUGAUGAUGGAGGCCAGGAGCCAGAAGAGAGAAGCAACACCAAUGGUCCAAAGUCCCCUGGUGUUGUGUUACCUGAGCCAUCUGAGGAGCCCCAAGAAAAGCCAGGAGAUGGGAGGGAAAAUGUUGCCAUUGGAGAAAGGAAUAAUGCAGAGCUCAGCGGAGAAGGUCCUCAAAGGACUCCACAGCAGACAAGUUGCAAAUCGGAACCUGAUGAUGGUGGUCUUCAGACAGAGCACGGCCCCGGCCAGCCACAAGCUGGAGAAGAAGGUUCCAAAGUUCUACCUGUGGUAGCAGACCAAAACUCAAGUGUUGGUGUCACCGAGAACGCCUCUUCUAAAAAAGAAGUCCCCGUAGAGAAGUCCUUCCAGCUUCCAGCUUUUUUUAGUGGGCUUCGUGUGCUGAAGAAGGGAGCCACAGCCGAGGGUGGGGAGACCAUCACUGAAAUUAAACCAAAGGAUGGGGACCUGGCUUUGCUCAAGUUGACCCAGCCUGUCCAGAGGUCCCUAGCACAGGCAGGGCCUCAGACAGUGAAGACAGCAGAGAAAACAAAUGACCCGAAGGCCACUCCCACUCUCCUGGAGCAGCUCUCUCAGCUGCUCAACAUUGACGUCCCCAAAGCUGAACCGAAGGUGGAAGACCCUGAACAGCCCAGGGGGGAAGAGAUGGGCUUCAGUGCCCCCCAGGAGAGCGAGAGCAGCGCUGGAGAAGCCCAAACCCUGGGAGGAGAGAUUAAGCCAAAGCCGCCAGAGACUGCUUUGGAGGCCUUUAAAGCCUUGUUCAUCCGUCCCCCCAGAAAGGGGACCACAGCUGACACGUCUGAGCUGGAAGCCCUCAAGCGCAAGAUGAGGCAUGAGAAGGAGUCUCUAAGAGCUGUGUUUGAGCGGUCAAGGUCAAGGCCAGCGGAAGGCCCCUUGGAUUACAAAAGCCCUGAACACAGCCCCACUGAGCAGGAUGAUAGGACUCCUGGCAGACUCCAAGCUGUCUGGCCACCCCCAAAGACAAAAGACACAGAAGAAAAAGUGGGAUUGAAGUACACUGAAGCAGAAUACCAAGCUGCUAUUUUACACUUGAAGAGGGAGCACAAAGAAGAAAUUGAAAACCUGCAGGCUCAGUUUGAACUUCAAGCCUUCCAUAUCCGGGGUGAGCAUGCGGUGAUAACAGCGAGACUAGAAGAAACCAUUGAAAAUCUCAAAUACGAGAUAGAACACCGAUGGCGAGGAGGAUGUGAAGAGAUGAGAGAUGUGUGUGUCUCCACCGAUGAUGACUGCCCUCCAAAGACUUUCAGGAAUGUGUGCAUCCAAACAGACAGAGAGACUUUCCUCAAACCCUGUGAAGGUGAAGGCAAGACAAUCAGAAGUAACCAAAUAAUACCCAAAAAGCUGAAUAUCGCCUCUUUAAGCCAACUCUCUCCCCCAGAUGACAGCAAAGACACCCAUGUACCACUUCAGUCUGCGGAAGGCAUCUCAUCGAGUCAACAGAAGGCAGCACCUCCCCCUCCCCCUCCCGCACCACCCCUACCGGCAGCCAUCCCUCCCCCUCCUCCCCUCCCACCUACGCUUGGACCUUUGCCCCCGGCACCUCUGCCACCACCUGUGAAUACUGGACCACCGCCACCUCCACCACCUCCUCUGCCUCCAAGUGCUGGACCUCCCCCACCUCCUCCGCCCCCACCACUUCCCCUUUCCUCUGCUCUGCCCAACAAUGGGGGGCCUCCUCCUGCUCCAGCACCCCCAGGACUUGCACCCCCACCGCCUCCUGGACUCUUCUUCGGAGUCGGCCCUUCUUCUAGCCAGUGUCCUCGGAAGCCAGCCAUUGAACCCAGUUGUCCCAUGAAACCUCUGUACUGGACUAGGAUACAAAUAAGUGAUAAGAGCCAAAAUUCUACACCAACCUUAUGGGAUUCCUUAGAAGAACCUGAUAUUCGGGAUACUAGCGAAUUUGAGUAUUUAUUCUCCAAAGACACACCUCAGCAGAAGAAAAAACCUCUGUCAGAGACCUAUGAGAAAAAAAACAAGGUCAAAAAGAUCAUCAAGUUAUUAGAUGGAAAACGAUCUCAAACUGUGGGAAUCUUGAUAUCUAGUUUGCAUUUAGAAAUGAAGGAUAUCCAGCAGGCCAUUUUUAACGUGGACGAUUCUGUGGUUGAUCUGGAAACCCUGGCGGCCUUAUAUGAAAACAGAGCCCAAGAGGAUGAACUCGUUAAAAUAAGAAAGUAUUAUGAGACAUCCAAAGAGGAGGAGUUGAAGCUGCUGGAUAAACCUGAGCAAUUUUUACACGAGUUAGCCCAGAUCCCUAAUUUUGCUGAACGUGCCCAGUGCAUAAUCUUCAGAUCUGUCUUUUCUGAGGGUAUCACUGCCUUGCAUCGAAAGGUAGAGAUCAUCACACGCGCUUCUAAGGGCUUGCUGCACAUGAAGAGUGUGAAGGAUAUUUUAGCUCUCAUUCUGGCUUUUGGAAAUUAUAUGAAUGGAGGAAAUAGGACUCGGGGGCAAGCAGAUGGAUACAGCUUAGAAAUUCUGCCCAAACUCAAGGAUGUCAAAAGCCGGGAUAAUGGGAUUAAUCUGGUGGACUAUGUCGUGAAAUACUACCUGCGUUACUAUGAUCAGGAAGCAGGAACAGAAAAGAGUGUUUUCCCCCUGCCUGAACCACAAGAUUUCUUUCUGGCCUCCCAAGUCAAAUUUGAAGACCUUAUAAAAGAUUUGAGAAAACUGAAGAGGCAACUAGAAGCAAGUGAGAAACAGAUGGUGGUGGUGUGUAAGGAGUCACCAAAGGAGUAUCUGCAGCCGUUUCAGGACAAACUCGAAGAGUUCUUCCAGAAAGCCAAAAAAGAGCAUAAAAUGGAAGAAAGUCACUUGGAGAAUGCACAGAAAAGUUUUGAAACAACAGUGGGAUAUUUUGGGAUGAAGCCAAAGUCUGGUGAGAAGGAGAUCACACCCAACUACGUGUUUAUGGUGUGGUAUGAGUUCUGCAGUGACUUCAAGACAAUUUGGAAACGGGAGAGUAAGAACAUAUCUAAAGAAAGAUUGAAAAUGGCUCAGGAAUCAGUCAGCAAGCUAACAGCAGAGAAGAAAGUGGAAACAAAGAAAAUCAACCCCACGGCUAGUCUGAAAGAAAGACUGCGGCAGAAGGAAGCCAGUGUGAGCACCAACUAACACAGAGACACAAGAAAACAAUGAUGGUCCAAGCUCUGUUAUAAGACCAGAAGAAUUACCAAGAUUUUCCAUUUUUUUAAAAAAAGCAGACAUUUCAAGCUUUCUAACCCAAGCCUGAUAUAUGCAAACUUGUGACAGAAGAAGAGAAGGAUCUUUUGUGACAGUUGCCUUGAGCAAGUUCAAGCCUUGGUCUUUACAUACUGCUGUUUUGAUUAUUAAUCUUAAUUUUGAUCCUAUUGCAGCAAGAUCCCGAAGCACACUUCUCGCCAAAAAUGUUGAAACUUACCAAAACUAUUUUAAGAGGUCCAAGACUAUUUCCCACAUUUGAGAAAUGGUUAUUUUCUCGUUUUUUAUGUAAUAGAACAGAAAAUGGAAUUAGACAUGGAUGGAGAAGGGGGUUAAAUAGCCAUAAACUUCAUCCCAGAGAAUAAAUUAUGAUACAGAGAGUUGG